CUGGUAAUUGUUUUUCAAAAUUCUUAUUCAUAUUUAUAAAUGAAGAAAAUGAAUGCAUAUGUACAAAUAAGGAAAUAGGUCUUUAAUUUGGCUCUCUUCUGGAUUCAGGAAUUAUCAAUGUCACCAGAAGAUGGUGCCCCAGGUGUGAUAUUCAGCCGGUUUUUUGUACCCCCACCAGCUCAGCCAAAUCCAUAUCUUGAAACAGAAAUAAUUAUGAAGCACAUUUUAGACCAUGUGGAUCGCAGCACAGCACACACAUUGAUGCUUGAUGGGUACAUUACAUCAGGUGAACGUGCAUGGAAUGAACUUGAUCCACGCUUGAUACGCAACACAUCUCCAGCUAUGCCUGGUGGAGAUCCUAGCCACAGAGGUUACUGGAAAGGGUCCUGGUCACCAUAUGGUGUAGGAGUCAAUGGGAGGUGUUUGUUGGCUCUUGUGACUUAUGACCACCGAGUGGUUAUAAUGGGUCGAGAAGGCCGCAAAUGGGUAACAGUAAUUGAUAUAUCAGCCUUAUGGUAUAAAGAAGUAGCCAAAGAUUCUUGGAAAAUGGUUGCCUUACCCCAUGGGGCACCUAUGCAUGAGAUUCACACAGCACGUAUGCAUGUCCUGGGAAUAUCAGAAAUUCAGUGGACACCUAUAUUUAAUGAAGGCAAAAAGAGAUUUUGUAUGUUGAUGAUGGUGACUAUAAGUGGUCAUGCAGUUUUCUGGAAGAUACCGGUGGAGCUAACAAAUGCAGAAGAAAUUCAUUUGUCGAAGAUAGAAGAAACAAAAAUGAAAAUGACAACAGCCAUACAUUGGUUUUCAAAUGAAGGGAAGUCAGGCUACUUGGUAUUAGGGAGCAAUAAUGGUCAAGUGAAGGUAUUUUAUGUGGAAUUUGCAGAGGAAUUAGUGUAUCGAGACUUAGGCUAUGCUUUUGCCAGUGAUGACAGGGUUCGUGUAAAUCACCUCCAGCUUAUAUACCUUGAAGAUAUGUCAUUUAUGUUACUUCUUGCGAAGCAAAGCUUUCUUGUAGCAGUUACUUUAAAUCUUUGUGACAGUGCACUAACAGCUCAGAAUGUUUCUCAUCGUCAAUGUUACAGUGUGCUGAAGUGGGCUGUUCCGCUAUGCUCCCAACAGCCGUGCGGACAUGUAGAGUGUCGCACUCACGCGGCAUGUGCAGUACAAGUUUGCAAGAGACGGUUUGGCAUUAUGAGAGAUGCCAGGUCUGCUAUGACCUCUACGCACAGAUCACUGAUGACUCAGGAAAAUGGUCCAAGUCCUUCCAAAGAUUCCAUAAAUGUGUUAGUAGAAGCUAUGGCAGUUUUCCUUACUCUCAAAAGGAUGAAUCCAAAGAAAGGAAUACAUAUCAGAUGGCAGCUCUAUGAUUCUGGAAUUGAUCCGGAAAAUAUUACAUUCCUGGAAUCUGAUAAAAGAGAUUCUACUCUUAGACAGUAUGACUCUGCUCUUAAGAGGUUGGUUAAAUUUGUGAAAGAAAAGGAAGUGCAGGUUAUGACAACCAAUAUAGCAAUUUCAUUUUUUAAAGAAUUGUUUGAUCAAGGCUUAGCUCCUGGUACUAUUACGACUAUGAAAUCUGCCCUUAAAAAGAUUUUCCUUGGUAGGAUGCAACAAUGUAGUUGUGAAACAUCAGCAUUAGCAAUAAACUAUAAGUUGUAUCAAGUGCCUUUCCUGGUGCCUACAAGUGUGAUUUUGAGAGCUGCAUCUUGGGUGUUGAUUUUAAUGAUUCAGUUAUGGGUUGUUGGUCGUGUGAGUGUGGCAUAUGAUCACUUGGUUGUACGAGAGCCCUCUCAGAUUAGUAUAUAUCAGGUUGGCAGUGGUGAUAAGAUCUUUCAGUAUUUACAGAAGAGUCAAGUUCCAUUGCAUUUUAAAGUUGAUUUACUGGAAAGUCUUAGGUUUUGCAAACACCAGCUGAAGAAGCAAAAGGUAAUAGUUAUGAGUAGUGGAGGAGUAUCAAGGAAAUAUGCUAUCUGCCAAGAAUGCUAUUGA